AUGGAAAAUUGUUUUAAAGGUAAAAAAAAUAAGAAUCUUUAUGAAAAUAGCUGAGUGUCAGAUUUAAUGCUGAAAAUGGAAAAUCUACUUUUAGUUUGCUUUUUUCAGAGCAGAAUGAAAAAAAUGAAAUUUGACUAUGAAAAAUUUAUUUUCCACUAUUUUUUUGAAACAAAACUAACCCCAUUAAAUGGACAGAUUUUUUGUCUUAUUUAA